AGAGAGAAAGAGAUCAUGGGAGGGGAGGAGGAGUGGAGGAAAAAUGCAGAAACCCACAAAAUGAGUCCGGAGGAAGUAAAAGCCGCCGGAGUGGAGGGCUCCAAAAGGCCACCCAGUCACCAACCAGGCGGAGUACUGCACCAGAGGCGCACUUUUCCUUACAGCUAUACCACCAUGGCCAUUGGGGGCCUCCUUAUCGCUGGCGCCAUCGGAUACUUCACCUUAUACUCAAAAAAAAAACCCGAAGCCACCGCCGGAGACGUGGCCAAGGUGGCUGUGGGAGCCGCCAAACCUGAGGACACUCGGCCAAGGAAGUAG